UGUUUAGAGAGAGAGUAACGAGCUAGAGCUAGAGAGAGAGAGAGGAGAUGAAGAAGAAGCUUUUGUCUUCUGCCCCAUGGAGAGACGAGGAAAAAUCAGAGAAGUUUGAAGAUGCGAAGCUGAAGGUCACGAACCAACCAGGAGAAACGGCCAAGAUGUACGUUCCUCGCAAGAGAAGCCUCUCUUCAAAGAACCCCCAGGACAAAGACUCUCUCACCGAAAUCGAUCCCGAGCUCCGAUAUAGCUUCCAGAGGAAUUUCAAUUUUCUCAGACGGGUCUUUAGUAUUGAUACCGUUGUUAAACCUCUUCCUCCCACUUUGGCGUACAAUGUCUCGCGCAAUUUGAGCUUCUUCACUCGCAUUUUCACUCAAUUCUUGGAUCCAAAAGGUAUCUCUGAUGCGCAAAAAUCGCUUGGGUUAGGACAGGAGCAGAAAGUCCGCAAUGUGCGUUGAACAGUAUCUUUUUUUUUUUUUUUGAACGGUACUAUCUUUUUUCUGUUUAAUUCAUGUAAAAAGAAAUUUUUAAUGAGUUCGAAGCUUGAUCUUUUUUUUUUUGUGUGAGUUUAUCUCAAUGAUUCUCUGUUCUAUGAUACCCAUGCAGCUCGUUCAGUCUUUCUACUCUAUCUAUAUCAGGGAGCACAUGUAAUUUCCACUGACAUUAUUUUAUGAUGAAGUUAGAUUACCUGGUCAUAUUUUGGACCCUCU